AUGUAUUCUCGAAAUGGUUUAGUUUCAUCAUUGACUACCAACUGGUAUCCUAUAAUUUUCAAUGAGACGUCGAGUGGAAGUAUCUAUAUGCAAGCUCACAAAUACAAUCUAUCAUCAUGUAAUUGUGCGACAUCAUCAACUUGUAUGGAGCCAAUGACUUUAGAAUUACAUUCAGGACCUAAAUGGGUAGUGCCUGGAAUGAUGAUCGGUUGUUUACCGUUUGAAACAAUGCUUCAGUCAACAGCGGAAUGCAUAUAUGAUCAAAAUUGUCUCAAUAAUAUAUCUCAAAAAUUAGCCACAGAGUCGUUCCUACCACUGUCCGCCUCUCGAACUCGCUUUAAACCGAUCAACACACAAAAAUUUCAAUCGAUUGCUGAUGAACUAUUUAUCGAAGAUUGGCGUGUUUACGUUUCUUAUGAAAACUAUUUUAAUAGUUGUCAACCCUCAAUCUGUUCAUACACGUUAUGGAAACGUUUCAAUAUUUCCAAUUCAUUUAGUAUACUUUUGACUAUUUAUAGUGGUCUCUGCAUUUUACUUGAAAUUUUUAUUCCAUUAGGAUUUAAAUUUGUACGAAAAUAUCUUUGCCGACGAAAUGGACGGACGAGACCGAUGGCCAAUUCAUAA